AUGGCUGACGAAUUACAAAAAGCACAUUUAUAUUAUGAUGACAUUAAUAAGAUCAGAGUUUUAGAAAAUACUGUGCUCAAGGAUACUGAAGAUCUAAAAGAUACGUGCAAAGUGUAUGAAACAAAGGUUCAAGAAUUCGGAAAAAUUAUAAGUACGCUGCUAGACACACUAAAAGAACUAGGAGAUAAUGUGGAGAAGCAAAAAAUGGCAGCAAUAGGAUCAAUGAAUCUUUUGAAAUCUAUAACCAAGCAAAAAGAAAAUGAACAAGCCAAAUUGCAAGCAGAAAUAAGUGAGAGGUCAAUCUUGUUAGAACAACUAGACAGCGAAUAUGACUCCCUACAAAUAUUAGAAGCAAGCCAAAUGGAAACAAUAGAAUAUUUGACCCAACUUCGAUGA